UUCCUUCCCGCCGGAAGAUUUCGGCAUCGUCUCUGGAAUGCUCAACGUCAAGUGGGACAGGAUCGCGCCAGCCAGCAACGUGUCCCACACCGUGGUCCUGCGGCCUCUCAAAGCUGGAUACUUCAACUUCACCUCUGCCACCAUCACCUACGUGGCCCAGGAGGGGGGGCAGGUGGUGGUUGGUUUCACCAGUGCUCCGGGGCAGGGGGGGAUCUUGGCCCAACGGGAGUUCGACAGGAGAUUCUCCCCACACUUCCUGGACUGGGCAGCUUUUGGGGUGAUGACCCUGCCCUCCAUUGGCAUCCCACUGCUGCUGUGGUACUCGAGCAAGAGGAAGUACGACACCCCCAAGAGCAAGAAGAACUGAGCCAGGCCAGAUGCCACCAGCACCCCAGAGC